AUGCUAUGAACAUACAAACAUCAUGGCAAACUAAAAAUAGCCCAUAUUCAUUAGUAUUCGGUCAAAACCCUUUAUGUUAUUUUUCAUUAUUGAAAGAAGUCAAAGAGCAACGUAUUAAUUAUGAAGACGAAUUACCUGAUAAUUGGUUUGAACCUUCUAAGCCUCAGGAUGCUUUUGAUCAGCAAGAAAUUGUGGAAUCACUUUUAGGAGCCACAGCUUUGAAUAUGGAGAUAACAAUUUUUUCUU